AUGACUUCUAUGAAGCUUACCCACAACGACUAUACUGUGGGUUGGGUUUGCGUACUCCCAAAAGAGCAAACCGCAGCGCUUGCCAUGCUGGAUUGUGAACAUCCGGCUCUUCCCAAGCAACCCACUGAUAAAAACGCAUACACUCUGGGAGCUGUUGGGGAACAUAAUGUAGUCAUUGCGUGCCUCCCUAAGGGCAUGUAUGGUACCAACUCAGCAGCAACAGUGGCCGCGAGAAUGCUUGACACCUUUCCCUCUAUUAAGUUUGGCCUUUUGGUCGGCAUCGGUGCCGGUAUUCCUCCUCAAGUUCGCCUGGGAGAUGUCGUGGUUAGCUCACCCAUCAAACAAUAUCCUGGCGUCGUGCAGUGGGAUUUCCGCGAGUCAAUCAAGGGUGGAAACUUCAAACGAAUUGGUGCUCUCAACAACCCGCCAAGCGAGCUUCUCACCGCAUUGACCAAGGUCGAGUCGAAGCGAGAAAUGACCGGUCCUAAGAUACCCCAAUAUCUAGACGAGCUGGCAACCAAGUACCCCAAACUGAAGACCAAAUACAUAAAGUCUGAUCUACUGAAGGAUCCCCUAUUCUCACCAACGGGAGUUAGAGAUGAUCGUGUUGGAUGGAUUGCCUUGUUCAUUACUAUAUGGCAAACAAUUGCGAUCCUUUUCAAGUUUUUCCUGGGAUGGCGAACAUUGGCUUCUGGGAGCUCGGCCGACGGAGAGUCAUCAGAGGGACCGAGGGAUAUGCAAGUCCAUUAUGGCCUGAUUGCUUCUGGAAAUCGGCUUGUUAAGGACUCUGUUCUUCGGGACAACAUCAACCACCAGAUGGAUGGACACGUGCUGUGUCUAGAAAUGGAAGCGGCAGGGCUGGCAAACGACUUUCCUUGCCUCGUCAUUCGAGGCAUCUGUGACUACGCUGACUCAGGAAAGAACAAAGACUGGCAAGAACACGCAGCUGCCGUAGCUGCAGCCUUUGCCAAAGAGCUUUUGAGUGAGGUGCUGGUUACAGAGGUCAGCCAGAUGAGAGAUGCCAAAACUAAUGGAGGAAUUCCUGGUGCAGGCAAAACUAUCCUCACCUCCGUUGUGAUUCAUGAUAUUGGACAAAGACUGCGUUCGGAUGGUAGUAUCGGUAUCGCCUACAUAUACUGCAACUAUCGCAACCAAGACGAUCAGAAAGCCGACAAGAUACUGGCGAGCCUUGUAAAACAGCUGGCUGAGCGACAGGCCAUAUUUCCAAAAGUCAUUCAAGAUCUUUAUGACCGCCACAAGCGUAACAAAACAUGGCCGUUGAUAGGAGAAAUCUCGGAAGCCCUUCAAUCACUAAUAAAGAUACACGAUCGAGUUUACAUAAUUAUCGAUGCACUAGACGAGUGCCAGACAUCUGGAGGCAUUAGGUCACAGCUUCUCAAACAGUUGGUAGAUCUCAAGGAGAAUUUUGAGACAAACCUCUUCAUGACCUCGAGGUACAUGCCUGACAUUGAGGAAACACUUCACGGUGAAAUGAUGCAGCUGGAAGUUCGCGCCUGUGAAGAGGAUGUAGGCAACUAUCUCGAUAGUCGCCUAACCUCUUUAUCUGAGUUGGUCAAAAAGAAUAAUGAUCUGCGUGAUGAAAUUCGAGCAAAGAUUAUCAAAGCGGUCGAUGGGAUGUUCCUCCUUGCGGAGCUACACGUGAGAUCUUUAGAAGGCAUGUUUCUGCCGAAUCAGAUCCGACAUGCGUUAGAGACGCUACCCACUGGCACGACUGCAUACGACAAAACGUACGAAGGCGCAAUGAAGCGAAUCGAAAGCCGAGUGAACACUAAGGAAUUCGCAAAGAAGAUUUUGACGUGGAUCAUUUGUGCUAGGCGUCCCUUGGAAACGUCCGAACUUCGUCAUGCGCUGGCGGUCAAGCAUGGUGACACCGACCUUGAUGAGAACAAUCUUCCUGAAAUUGGCGACAUAAUUACCGUAUGUGCAGGGUUGGUUGUUGCGGACAAGAAGAGCAACAUAGUUAGGCUUGCGCACUACACGACUCAACAAUACUUUGAGAGAACAAAAGGAGACUGGUUCCCUAAUGCAGAGACCGAUAUCACAGUUGCCUGCGUCACAUAUCUCUCAUACAAGAUCACUUCAAAAAUUCCCACCAAGUCAGGGCUCCGCGCAUAUCGAAGUUUUGAGUCAAUUCUGUUAUUUGAAUACAUUGCGACUAACUGGGGGCAUCAUGGCCGCGUAUCUAAAACUACAAGAAAGGAAUUGAUGGAGUUCUUGCUUAUUGAUCAGCCUAUGAAAAGAGCUGCAGAAGUGCUGAUAGCCGCACGUGGCGGCUCGUCUUCAUCUUUGCUCAACAAGAACAAUCUUCCAAAAAGGCACGGCCGUGUCUACUCGUCAAUGUCAUGUUACCCUCCGAUCGGUGGGGCCAAGGGAAUGGAGGGUAUUCACCUGGCGGCUUAUUUUGGAAUGACUGAGGCCGUCAGUGCUCUUCUAGGCAAUGACAAGGACGUGAAUCUGACGGAUUAUGUUUUCGGUCGGACGCCACUCAUAUGGGCUGCGAUGAAUGGCUACACGGCUACAGUCGAGGUUCUUCUUGAACAUGGAGCCGAUGCGAACUCCAGGGAGAAAUAUGGCAGAACCGCACUGUCCAUGGCAGCUGAAGAGGGCCAUGAGUCCAUAGUCAGCCUCUUGCUAGCGACAGAGGGUGUUGAUGCAGAUUCUAGAGAUAGCGAAGAACAGUCGCCGCUAUACCAUGCGGCCUGCAACGGCCAUAUGGCUAUCUUCGAUAUAUUGCUCUCUACUGGCAAGGUGGACUUGAAUGCAGAGAGUAACAAUCACCUGACACCCGGUUCUGAAGCUAUCCAGGUCGACACAUUGGACGUGGACGACGAAACACCAUUGCAUAAGGCAGCUUUAGGUGGGCAAGAGACAAUCGUGAAGCUGCUAAUUGACAGUGGUAAAGCUGAUGUUAACGCCGUGGGGAUAUUCACAUUUCCACCUCUAUUUCUAGCUACUGCCCAUGGGCAUGAAGGAGUAGUCGGGUUGUUAUUAGAAUCAGAUCAGAUUCAUGUUAAUGCGAAUCAUGAGGGGUAUACGGCACUGAUUUACGCUAUAUGGAAUAACCAAUCAGGAAUCGUGAGAUUGCUUUUAGAGAAAGGAAAGGCUGAUGUCAGCAUUGAAGACAGGUAUGGUUACACUCCAUUAUCAUGUGCUGUAUAUAUGGGAUACGAGUCUAUUGCCAGACUCCUACUUGAAAUUGGGCGGGCUGAUGUGGACGCCAAGGAUAGACACGGUAAAACGCCUCUUCAAUGGGCAGUCAGUCGGUGGAAUAAGCCUAUUGUCUGGUUGCUUCUGGAACAUGGUGCUGAGUUUGAUGAGGAAAUUAAAGCUGGUAUGAAGCCAUUAUCAGAGUCUAGCAAGGAGGAUAUUAGGAUUGUAAUGCGAGCUGCAAUGGGGUGGAAAUAG